ACCCGUCGGGAAGUGGGCGUUCCCCGGGAGAGGGACCGAGGGGGCGGGGCUUGCGCCUGGCCGUGGGAGGAAGGCUCGUGCUCGACUCCAAGCGGUGGAAAAGAAAUAGAACAACAUGUCUCUGGCUAGAGACUUAAACCACCCGUCCUUAGAGGAUGAGAAAAGGAAACACAAAAAGAAACGCCUGGUGCAGAGCCCGAAUUCCUACUUCAUGGACGUCAAGUGUCCAGGAUGCUACAAGAUCACCACCGUGUUCAGCCACGCCCAGAUGGUGGUUCCGUGUGUCGGAUGCUCAACCGUCCUGUGCCAGCCGACGGGAGGCAAAGCCAGGCUCACAGAAGGUUGCUCGUUCAGAAGAAAGCAGCACUGAGCGAUCCCUUCGCCGUUGCACCUGCCGAGGAAGCCUUAUCCAUCUGACCACAGCACAGCCGAAUCUAGCAAGUUAAUUCUGUUUUGCUUGGCAAAAGAGGAAUCAGCAAGGGUGGACCUCCUGUCUCAUCUGCAGAUCCCCCACCCCUUGGUGUGUCGAGGGGCAACUGAACUCUGUUUUUAUAGCUUUUAGUGGGGUGGGGCUAUUAACUGCAAAAAUCAAUUGAAUACACUUCCAGCAUUUCUUUUCUUUCUUCCGGUAUUGAUUGAUUCCUUAUUAGGGGCAAAGAAAUGCAGUCUUGCAGAACCCCUGUGAGAGAGAGUUCCCCGGGAAACGCCCGCUCGCAAGUUGAAAGCCUGCGAGGUUUGGGGCGCUGGGGCCAGGCCCGUGCCAUGGGGAAGACACAGGACAGGAAGGAAUAGAAGCUACGUGAGCACAUCAGUUGUGGCAUUGUGGCAGGCCUCGCAUUUUGCUGCACUCGGGCAUGUGCCCCAUAGACAGUGGUUAUUGACUUCUGACUGUUCAGUCUUUUAGAAUGGGCUUCAGAACUCUCUCUCUGGGGCCUGCCUGAAGGGCUGUACAGUUUGGGCUAAGAUUCUGGUUAAACCAGGGGUGUCGAACUCAUUUGUUAUGAGGUCUGGAUCUGACAUAAAUGAGACCUUGUUGG